GCUAGUUUUGUUUCCAGAGGUUGCUCUUUGUGCAGCUAUUGUAGCUAAUCUCAACACGAAGAGUUGUAUACUUUGCAUGAUUGAUCAUUAUACAAGUCCAGAUUACUGAAGGACCAAAUUCUCAGAUAAAAAGUUAUAUUUAGUUUGUGGAUCUGCCUGAUUGUGAAAUUGAUGGAGGGUGCAAUUAGGUGCUCCACCAACUAUGUUCCUCUUUCUCUGAUCAGCUUCCUGGAGCGCUCAGCCAUAGUCUACAGAGACAUACCCUCUAUUAUGUAUGGAGACAUCGUCUACACUUGGAGACAGACACUUGAACGAUGCACCAGACUUGCUUCUGCUCUUGCCCAACUUGGAAUUUCUCGAGGCGAUGUGAAUGCAUUUGAGCUCGCCUUCUUCGUUUGGGUUCCAAGAUGGCAGCUAAGAAUCCAAAAAGAGGAAUAAAAUGGUUCUUAGAGCAAGCUGCUGCUGAGAAGGUUAAUGAGAGAAAAUCUGAAUGUGGUCACGCCA